AUGGAACGGAACAAAGGGAUGGUUCGUGCUGGUGCGGUGUGCGAUCGCGGCAUUGACACAUGCGGGCCGGCAUGCGGCGUGGGUACCGUUGGUGCGCGCGAAGAGGGUGAGGGUGUUCGCGUGGCGGGGCACAGGCGACUUGCGGCGCACGUAGUAGUGGUCGUGGUCGUGGCGCUGUGGCGGCGGCGGCGGCACGAAGGGCGGCGGUGGCGGCAGGCGCGCGGGCCUCCGCCUCGCGCCGCCCGCAAACGCGUCCAUGGCGGCGAGCGUGCCCACGUCGCCCAUGCUCUCGGCGCGCCCGCGGCUGGAAGACUGCGCCCGGUGCGCGAUCGUUACGUCUCCCCUGCGAACCCUCACCCCGCUACCCCGUCGCCCCCUCCACCUCGCCCCCCGCCCGCGAGCCUCCGCGCGCGCUCUUCGAUCGCCGCCCGCCCUCUGCGCUUAGUAGUCCGCCCGCCCACGCGCCGCUCAGCUUUGUUU